CCAAGCACCACUACACGCCACAGGCCUUCCAGGGGGUGGCCAACGUCCCCAUGGCCGCCGUCGUCGGGAAGGAGUAUAGGCCCAAGAUGGGCGGCGACGCGAGUAGGCUGCGGAACAAGUCGCUCUCGCAGUCCUCCUCCGUGGAGAGCUCGCAGUCCAAAUCGUCCGUGUCUGAUAGAAGUGCAGGCUCCGAACAGUUCCACCAACCGCUUUCCCAUUCUUCGUCCUGCGAGAGUACGUCCAACUCGAAAGCGUCCACGCCGCAGAGAUCCGACAGCGGCAAUUUAUCGAAUCAGCCCUUGGACGGUGCCAACUCCCAAAAUCCGUUCUUUAAAAAUCCUGUUGGUUCCUUUUCAACGGAUAAUGAGGCUAGGAGCCAAGCCAGUUCGCGCUCGUCGAGUGAGAACCAUAUUCCACGUGCUCCUGAAGCCGGAGAGCCGAGAUCGCAGAACGCCGACGCCUCCGAGACGAGCCAAAAGCAGUUUCCAGCGGUGUUUGCCGAAACCAAACACAAGCCCGUUUCGCAAACCGCUUCUCUGGACAACACGGGGCAGGCCACGCCGAUGAGACCGCUGGUGCAGAAAGUGCCGCAACCUAAGUCGGUCGUUCAUUCGUCCUCCCUGGACAGCACGAGCAGCAACUACGACCCGAGCGUGCUUCUCUUCACGCCGUCCCAAGCGAUGCAGAUCGCCAUCCACAAGGCGGCCAUCAACAAGCAGCUGUCCCGGGAGGAGGAGCGGCGGCAGAGCACCUCCUCUUCACGUCAUGGGUCCUUUAGCAAGACCUGCGAGAGUGAAGGAGCUAGCAGCGACGGCGAGGAAGGGGGAGACGAGGCAGAGGAGGAAUACCUGAGCUACGAAAGCGGGCAAUCGGAUUCGGAAGAAGACGCGGAGGAAGAAACCACUGUGCGGCAGAUGUCGAACGGCAACGCGCCGCCAUUGCGGCAGCCAUUCGUUCCUCAACAAAGCAGUGGGAACUCGCAGGCAAAGAUACCAGCGCAUCCUGAAAGAGGUCAGGAGAUGCUGAGAGGAACGGAAAGUAUGGGGGCUUCAAACAUUAAUUCAGUUGCAAAACCUUUUGCUGGGUCUGUAAAUAAUACUGGCCCCGCUGCACAACCUGUUAGCAACAUAAAUAAUGUAAACUUGGUAAAUUCCGGUUACGGAGUACAUCAACCAAAUCAAACUGUGCCCGCGUACCCGAAGCCUAACUUACCCCCUAACGCUCAACAGGAAAACUAUGAAAAUGCCAAUUCUUCAACGUGGACUACUGAUGUUGCAAAACACGAAUUUAUUUAUGAUCAGCCACGUGUCGAAAGUGAUUCCAACAUGAACUCCGUGGACAAUACCGUUUACGCACCACCAUCUUACCACGAUGCUUCACUUCAUUCGAACGCAAUCACCAACAUACACCACACCACAGCAUAUCAAAAUGCGAAUGCCCAUGAUGUUAGUUCUCUGAGCAACGGCACAAGUAAUGUUUCUUCAGCCCAAAGGCUCCUUCAAAUGGCGACAGCAGACUCAAAAAUACCCACAAGGUACCGAAGUGAUCGAAAAGUAAAAAUGAAACGAGCAAAUACUAUUGAUAUACCAAAGCCCUUGAAUUUCUACGAAAUUGAAGAUGAAUCAGAUUACUCGUCAGGUGAGGAAUAUGAAGACGAGGAAGGGGAUAAGCAAAUGAACAGAAACAGUUCCAACAGCCAGCACAGAGCUGCAUAUUUGGCUCUGCGAGGUCCGAUCAGGGUGGGGAGUGGGAACAAGUACCCUGGCGAUAACAAAGUUCCUCCUCCCAACUUCCAACCUAAGACUGAAAGUGAUCGCAAGUUUCUUGCUUUCCUUCAACAACACGGUUCAAACAGCAGUAAUCAGCCUGCAGCCCCAGAAAAUGUUAAAGUUACUUCUUACAAUCCGUCUGCAAGAGGAGGCCAUCAUUGGAGUAAUAGAUUUUCAAAUAUAAAAACUGCAUUUGAGUCUACUGCUAACAAGGAAAUGAACCAAGUAGAGAGGGGUCCAAAAGUGGCAUACGGCCCAGCCGCAGCAAGGCUUUUUUGGCAGUCUGCUGAUGAUUCUGCUACAGUUAUGAAAGCAAGACCUCUUGCAGCAGCGAAUGGACCUAAGCUGACAAAGCAAGGAAGUCAGUUCCUCCGAAAACUAUUCGAGCAGAAAGAUCAGGAAAAACAAGAGCAAUCCAAGCUUCCUUGGGCAGAAAAACCGGCAGAAGAAAACGUUGUUGUUGGGUCUCUGACUGUGGCUAAUACUAAAAAUUCUCAUCAAAAUUCCAUUUACAACAAGAAACAAGUGUUUACGCCGCCACCUAGUCCAAUAAGUCAACCAGUAAAAAUCAAUAAAUUCUCACACGCCCCCAUGUCAGCAUUUCGCCCAGUGGAGAAGAAGUCUUGUCAAAGACUUAAUGAAAUACCUAUGAAUACAGCACCUGCUGUUAAUCAACCUUGGGCUUCACCCUCUGUCAGUGGUAAUGUAAAGCAACUUGCAUCUCAAAAGUUCAACCCCUCUCAGCCUCCUGCACCCCUCGUUUCUGCUAAUCCUGAUACUAGUGCCAACAUAUCAAGAACAGUGAAACACCGUGGAAGCUUCUCUUCACAAAAUGGUCCUCAAGAUGUUGGAUCUCCAGUGAGCCCUACUUUACCAUGGAUUAAGGAAGGUACUGACCAUCGAUCUCUUAAUUCUGCAGUUGCUAAGUUUGAAAAUAUGUCUAGAGAGACGUCACCGCAACCGUCUCUGCCAUCUUUAGCCCACAGCCGCAGUAUAGAAAAAAUUGCCGUUCCUCAAUCAUUGUCUCUGUACAAACAACCAGAAGUAGUUGCUCCCAAGACGUACAUCCCUCCUUCAAACGGACCAGGAAUUGUUCAAGGGCGACUGCAAGAAAACAAUAUAUUUCCCAACGUACAAAGUGUAAAGGAACCUCCAAAUAUGCCUAAACCUCCGUCUUUACUGUCUCCUAGUCUAGCCGUUGCUCAGACAUUUGAAAGCAAACAAGUUUUCAGCAAAAAUGACUAUCGGAAACAGCAGGAGAUACUUAAAAAUCACCAAGAAAAGUAUUCGAGCAAAGAAAAAUACAGUGGCCAAGAACCAAAUGCUGUCAAUCAAUAUUAUCAAGCUCAUCAUAAUAAUAGUCAUCAGCAUCCACCCAAUAAGACUGAUCCUCCUAGUCAACAGUUUGACAGAUCCCAAGUUCAAAAUGCUGCUCAAACUUACAGUGGUAGUGUCACCUCAAGAACUGCAGUGUACUCAAAUGCUCUGCCAAAUGCUCAUUUGAACAACGUGUCGGAUAAGAAAAGUAAAUCACCCAUUUCUCCAUUGUCAUUGCCUUUGAAAAAUAUUCCUCCGAACCUGGAAUCGCCUGACAUGCCAUCCCCAGAAGCUUUCACUGCUGUCUCACAUGUCAUGACAGGACCAGUAUCUCAUCAGGCAGUGACCGUAAGUCAGAAAACUCGGCAUAGGUAUGAUGAAGAAGGUGAAGAACACAAGAGCUCUGCCGCUCGAAACCUGAGUUCCGUCCUUCAGAUUUCAAUGGUUAAAGGGGAUGGGAAAGCGGAUAAACUAGGAGUCCCUAAACAGAACAAGAGUCCCUCUCCUGGUCCAAGACAAAACGAACCAGCUGCUGCAAACCAGAAGUCAGGGAUGGUCAGAAAUAAAAGCGAAUCUGACAUUAAAUUGAUGGAAAAUCCUCAGUUUUCAGAAUACCAAAGGGAUAAAGACACAGAUGAAAGACCUGCAGCAAGAGGAUAUCAGGCAAAUGGGUUGCCACUGUCUACAAGACUGAGGCCAGCAUCUGCUGAGUCACUAAUUAUGGCUACAAGUACAGAGGAGUUACAGGAAAGUGGAGAGUCAGUUCUAACAACAAGAUUACAAAUACCUGUAUAUAAUAAUGUUAGUGGUAAGGUUCCCUCUCAUCGGUCAGGCUCACUGCAUGACAUUAUGCAAGACAGGAAAAGUCCGUAUGAAAAUGGACAUGCAUCACAAUCCCCGUUACAGAACUCGCAUGUUCUUCAUAAGUCUGGAUCUUGGCAUCAGUUGGCACCAGGGCAACAGGGCAAGCCGCGAAGGCCUCAGAGCUUAGCAAUACCUGAUCUCCCAACCGGCAACACAGGUAAUGCACGUCGAGCGCACGGUGGCCUUUCGAAGGCCAAGUCGAGUCAUUCCCUAGCAUUCCCCAAACAGUUUGAAGCUGCACUUGCACCAGACACAAUCGAGAACAAAAAGAGCAAAGUUGAAGCCUACUUAAAAGUAAACGAUCCAAAUGUACGAUCACAAAGUAAAUCACCCAACACUACGCCACAACAAAAACCCAGUGUUCCUCAGAAACCUGAAAUUCCUUUAUUGGAUGAUAGUUUGGACAAUGUGGAAGAAGCAUUUGAAGAUUUAUUUAAUUCUACCGCGGGACAAUCUACAAAAGUAAACAUAAGUAGUUCCAAAUUAAAGACAAAGAGGAUAAACCACAGUGAACAAGUUCAUUCCAUUCAACAUCAGCACAGUGCAGCUUCCACUCAGUUUGCAAACAGACAAGGGGUCUGGGAAGAGCCAGGCGUUAAUAGAGCUUCGCGGGUGCCAAAUCUGCCACCGCAUAUGCUGGCUCACGAUUUUGCCAGUAAGUAAUGAAUGAAAGACUGACUUGUUUUCUUUCAUGGCAUGGAUGUGAAUACAUGUGAUGUUUUGAAAUAAAGAAUGGGAUUUUUUGCAUAGCUGCAAGUAUAUGCGCCGUAGCAACUCACAUAUAGGCAUUACAAAAUAUACUGUUUGACUUCAGUGUUAUUUCUAUAUGAUUUUAUUGCAAGAAUGUCAAUGUGUUUCAAGCUUUGUUGCAAUGAGGCGUGUGUCGUUCAGAGAAGUUUCAUGAAAUUAUUUUGAUUCAACUCAUCUGUAGUUACAUUAAAACUGUAUAAGCCAAUGAAAACAUAAGCCUUAUAUGCAAAUAAUACCUUAAUGUAAUUGUACUGUGCUUGCUUGUAUUCAUUUACUGUUAUGGCAAUAACUCAGCCAGAUGCAUCAUGAGCAACUAACUCAACAUAUCCAUCAACUUUAUGAAGAGAAAAGAGAGAGCUACGUUCUUGGAUGAAAAGAUCACUCAAGUUCCUACUGGUGACCACUUCAGCAAGGAAGUGCCUGUUUUUAGAGUGAAUAUUAAUAUGUAUGUCCAUAGCCAUGCAGAGAGUACCAUGUCAUCUUCAUCUGCAGAUGGGAAUAUAGUCACACGAACCGAAGUGAAAACAAAAAGUACUUCCUUCACUGCAACUGCUGUGGGCAAGAGCCAGGUGACUAAAGUCGGGCCUGUGAAGCCAAUGUCUCCCUUUGCAAAGUUCCAGCAACUGGAUCGUCAAAAUUCACCAACUUCACCUAACUCCCCUAAGACCCCGGGGGGCAGCUCUUCAGGCCCCCUAUUUAAAUUCACGGAUCCUAAGCUGAGUCGGAGUGCUUCGGGGGUCAAGGACAGGCUUCUGUUCUGGUGUCAAAGCAAGACCAAGGACUAUAAGAACAUUCAAAUAGAAAACUUCUCCACAAGCUGGAGCAGUGGUAUGGCGUUCUGUGCCCUCAUCCAUCACUUCCUUCCUGAGGCCUUUGACUAUGACUCCUUGCGUCCCGAGGAGCGACGCAAAAAUUUUGAGCUUGCGUUCCGAGUAGCCGAUGAAAAGGCUGGGAUCGCACCACUCCUAGACGUUGAAGACAUGGUCAUGAUGCGAAAGCCAGAUUGGAAGUGUGUUUUCACGUAUGUCCAGUCUGUCUAUCGCCGCUUCAAGGAUGAAGACUGAAAAUUUUAUUGAACUGUAGUAAUGAUGUUCCUAUUGGUAACCCUUCCUCUUUUGAUAAUUACAACUAUAUCUUUAUAAAGUGUGAACACUUAUUUUAUUCAUGUACAGUGUUGUAUUAUAGAUUUAUUUAAUUAUUGGAUAUAUUAUUAGAAAUAUGUUGAACAAAGAGUCAUAAAAAUAAUAUGCAGUGUUACAUUUACAAAUGGUAUGGAAACUUAAAAUAUUUUUUUUGUAAUUAUUAAGGUUAAAAACAUAUGCUUUAUGUUUGUAAAUCAUAUUUGUAAAUGUGACACGGCAUAUUCAAUCAAAUAAAGUUAAGAAACCAAAAUUGGUUUCUUGAUGGAUGGGCGUUGCACAGAACUUCAUUUAUUUUUCUUUUAUGGCAGUGAGACUGACAUUUAUCGCCACAUGCUCCAGUGAGUGAUACUAUUAUUUUCAUCUAAUACUUUUCAUUUUCAGCUUUCUUACAUAUAAAUUUAAUGAAGUUUUUUAGACAACUAUAGUUUGGUGUAGCGACCUUUGUUAAUUUUGUAUGUACGUUUUGUAGGGCCCACUAAUUGAAAAUAAGAUGAAGCUUUCAUUUUCAAAUAAAGAAAUUCAUAUUGUUUAAUGAA